AUGAAAAAUUUCUGUCAGCUGACUUUGGACCCCAACACGGCUAAUUAUCAGCUGAGUCUGUCUGAGGGAAACAGAGUUGUAGAAUUGGUUAAUAAGGUGCUCUAUUAUCCUGACCAUCCAGACAGAUUUAGUCAUGUAUAUCAGGUGAUGUGUUCAGAGGCUACGUCUACCAGGUGCUACUGGGAGGUGGAGUGGUCUGGAAAUGUGUUUAUAGCUGUUUCAUACAAGGGGCUGAAGAGGAAAGGAAAUGAUACUGAUGCAGUUCUUGGGUUCAAUCCAAAUUCCUGGGCACUGCACUGCUAUUCAUCUGGGCUCCGUUUCUACCAUAAUAAUAAAAAAACUGAUCUCCCUCAUGCUCAGAUCUCCUCUAGAAUAGGAGUGUAUGUGGAUCACAGGGCAGGAACUCUGAGCUUCUACAGUGUCAAUGCUGACACAGUGACUCUGCUGCACAAAGUGGAGACCACAUUCACUGAGCCACUGUAUCCUGCCAUUUGGCUCCGCGAUUAUGGCCACCAAAUCAAAUUGUGUCAGUAAGGACAGACAGAAUAGCAAGUCUACAGUAGGCCUAUACAUAAUGUUUCAGCAUCUGCUUUUAUGAAACUGUUCAGCCAUUGUACACUACUGUAUUUUUGAUGCUCAAUCUAUAUACGUAUAUCUACUAUAACAUAAAGAGCACAGAAGAGCACCUAUAAAAAUGGAUGAUUUGACCUUGUCAGCUCUUGAUGGAACAUUGGUUACAGCAGAGAGAGUAGAGAGAGAGAGAGGUCCCAUUGGCCCAUUGAUUCUGGGUUCUAUUAUUGCAAGGGGGAGGGGGGGGAUUAACCUUUAGGCA